CACAAGAAUUAUUAUUAUUAUUUGUUUUUCUCCCUCCAAAAUCGCGUGUGGAUCUCUGCAGAAAAAAAUUUCCAUAAUCACCACCACUCACAUUCUAUUUCUUUAUCCAAAUUUUUCUUCAGAUCAUCACCACCGCUCCGUUUCGUCUUCUCCAGAUCUAGGGUUCCUGCUGAUACAGAAUCGAAUCGAUUUUGAUCUCUCUGCGUUUGUGAAUGAGAUAGAGAUUCGGUUUAGAUGACGAUGGAGGUCGUUACCGAUGCGGCGUCGUUGGAGGUCGAAUUGUUGCAGCUACCGGAGGUUUCCUCCUUGGCUCUCAAGUCUAACCUCGCCUUCGUUGAGACGCUCUUCGACCAGUGGCUCUCGCUUCCUGAAAGCAAUCGAUUGGUAACGUCGUUGCUGAAUGAAGCGAAGUCAGGUGCUCCGUUGAAUGUCCCGGGGAAUUGCUCUAGUCCAAAUGCUACGAGCAAUUCUUUGCCUUCCAUGUUUCCUGCGGGCACUGCGCCACCUCUUUCACCGAGGAGUUCGUCUGGUUCCCCUCGCAUAGUGAAACAUAGAGUUGGUCCUUCUAAUUUGGGUUCUCCGUUGAAGGUUGUGAGCGAGCCGGUUAAAGAAGUUAUACCUCAGUUCUACUUUCAAAAUGGGCGUCCUCCACCAAAUGAACUAAAAGACCAAUGCUUGUUUAGAAUUGACCAUUUAUUCCAUGAUCACUUGGAUGGGCUGCAGAUACACGAAUUCAAGUCAAUUACUAAGGAAGUAUGCAAGCUACCAUCUUUUCUUUCCACUUCCCUUUUCAGAAAGAUCGAUAAUGGAACCGGUAUCGUGACAAGGAAAGCAUUUAUUGAUUAUUGGAUUAAUGGCAACAUGUUGACAAAGGAUAUAGCAAACCAAAUAUUUACAAUUUUAAAGCAACCACAGCUCAACUACCUUACCCAGGAUGAUUUUAAACCUGUUCUACGUGAGCUUUUGACAACUCAUCCAGGGCUGGAGUUCCUGCAGAGCACACCUGAAUUUCAAGAGAGAUACGCUGAAACUGUAAUAUAUAGAAUAUAUUACUACAUUAAUAGAUCUGCAAAUGGUCGUCUUACCCUGAGGGAGCUGAAGCGUGGAAAUAUAAUUGAUGCAAUGCUGCAUGCUGAUGAAGAAGAAGACAUCAACAAGGUUUUGAGGUACUUCUCUUACGAGCACUUCUAUGUUAUAUACUGCAAGUUUUGGGAGCUGGAUACAGAUCACGAUUUCUUGAUAGACAAAGAGAAUCUUAUCAGAUAUGGUAACCAUGCGCUCACCUAUCGAAUUGUCGAUAGAAUAUUUUCUCAGGUUGCAAGAAGGUUUACUAGUAAAGUUGAGGGAAAGAUGGGUUAUGAAGAUUUUGUUUAUUUCAUACUGUCAGAAGAGGAUAAAUCAUCUGAGCCGAGUCUUGAGUAUUGGUUCAAGUGCAUUGAUUUGGAUGGAAAUGGAGUUUUGACACGAAAUGAACUGCAAUUUUUUUAUGAGGAGCAAUUGCAUCGAAUGGAGUGCAUGGCUCAAGAACCUGUGCUUUUUGAGGAUAUAUUGUGCCAGAUUAUUGACAUGAUUGGACCUGAGGACGAGAGCUAUGUAACUCUGCGUGACCUGAAAGGUGGAAGACUGUCUGGAAGUGUUUUCAAUAUCCUGUUCAAUCUAAAUAAGUUCAUGGCCUUUGAAACUCGUGACCCAUUUUUUAUUCGACAGGAGCGUGAAAAUCCUACAUUGACAGAAUGGGAUCGCUUUGCUCAUAGAGAAUAUAUUAGGCUUUCAAUGGAGGAAGAUGUAGAGGACGCCUCUAAUGGAAGUGCAGAAGUCUGGGAUGAAUCACUAGAGGCUCCCUUCUGACAUCCUUUUUUGUAUGGAAAGACAUUAACGGCUCAGAUUGGAUAGACCGGCCAUUUUGAGAGACACUAGACUCAGGAUCUGCUUUGAACGCCAUCUUCCCCCCCAAAAGUUGGAAAUUCCAAGCUUCGCUAAUGAAAGAGUUUUUGAUGGGGCUAAGCGGCAACAACCAUAUUCUGAUCUGCUGGUAGUGACAUACAUUGGGACCACUAUCAUGGAAGUUUUGUUGCUUGUACCAAUGUCCAUGUAAAGUGAGGGCUUUUGCUUAGAAGUGAUUAGCCAAGUUGAAUUAAAUUGACUUCAUUGAGUAUGCUUGUCGUAAGUAGUGAGAGUUUUAGGUCCAUUUUUUUGUUCACUUCCCGGGCUGUCACUGCCUGGGAAUCCUUACAUUUGUGAUUUAUUUCGCCAUUUACCGAGUUUCUUUUUCCUUUUAGGCCGUUUGAAGAAUUUAAAUAAAAUGUAAUGCUUCACAUAUGAGAUUUUAUCUGCUCUGCAUUAUUAGAUUUGUUGAUGCAUGCAGAGUAUCAUAAAGCUGUAGAAUGGAUUUGCUUUAUCAAGUAUUUCGAAAGAGCUUUAGUUCGUGGAUA